CUGCAACACACCAUGCCCAGAGCGAGCCAUGGUCGCACCAAUACUGGGAGCAUUCGCACCCUCAACAUUCUGUGGAUGUAAGAAGAUUAUCGCGCCAGGAGCAACCAUCGGCCUCCAGUGCGUCUCAUUUCUUAAGCCGAGUAAGAAAAUCGAGUCUAAUAACCGAGUUCCCUGGAUCAACCCACUCUCGCGCCCUGGGGCCUGGGGACCCUUUCUCCACCCAUUCAUCCUCUCCCGUUAUGGGCGUCUCGGCUGCAACAGGAUCUGUUUCUCCUCACUAUCGUUCACCAGUAUCACUUUCGCCAUCCCCCCGCCUCCCCUCCUCGCAGUCUCCUCGUGCCGUUGAUGCCACUGGAUUUUCCUUAAAUGACUGUGACUCUCCACAAGUGAACAAUCUCCUUGGCCCUAUACAUGCAAACGCGGCUAGGCUACUGGAUGAGCAAGAUAGGAUGGGUAUCUUCUUCGUUUUUCAGGAUCUAUCGAUAAGAACCGAAGGAGAAUUUCGGCUCAAAGUCAAGCUCCUUACCGUUGCCCCCAUAGGAGCUCGCGAGAUCACACACCAAGAGACUCCGGUGCUCGCCGAAGCGUGGUCGAACGAGUUUACUGUGUAUCCACCAAAGAAGUUUCCUGGGGUACCUGGGACAACCCCGUUGUCUGCUACGUUCGGGAGGCAAGGGCAACGAUUUCCUUCAAGAAAUCGUCCUGCGCGAGAGGACUUGGAACUUGGCCAUAACUACGAUGGAGGUUAUUCUGGUGGACCUGAUCAAGAUGAACUUGAUGAUGAACCGUAAUUUGCCGUCCUCUGAUUUUGAUUCACUGUCUCGCGUUCACGAUUUGGCGUUUUCGGUUUUUGCCACAUCGGGAUAGAAUCUGCUGC